AUGUCGUAUUCGAACGGCACCGGCGCUGGCUCUGGCGCUAGUACCGCCGCCUCCAGCUCGCGCUCCAAGCGCGAGCUCAUCGAUCGCGUCAGAUACCCCAAUCCCAUCCCUGUCCCACCAUAUCCGCCCAAGCUCGUCAAGAUCCCUACAGAGCCUUCCAGAUAUGCGAAUCCACACUUUGCAGACCGUCUCGCAAGCCAACAGCCUAUUCCUAUGGUAGUCGACCUCCACGCCGGCAUGCACAUCGAUCUCGCCAAUUUCCAGAACCUCUGGGAAGGCGAUCUUUCCGAGGUCACCGCCCCCGCUUCUGCCUCUCUCGAUGCCAAGGACCUCGACGAUGUAGAUGCAUUCCUGCUCCAGGACUUUGCCACCAACCUUCCCCCUGCAGCUGCUUCCAGCUCGGCCGCCGGCGCCAUUGGUCUCAUCACAUCCCUGAAGGCCACCGACGACCCCGCCUCGCAAGCUACCCUCCAAGCCGCCCUGCAACAACGGCAUACACAAUCCCUCGGACCCGGCGCAAAAGCUGCUCUGGCCGCCGACGAUGUCACCUGGCUGCGCAGAACAGAAUAUCUCAGCGCACAGCAGAAGGCCGCACAGCAGCAGGUCCAGAAACCCAAAGUCGCAGAACGUAUCGACGUUUCUCGAGAAGCCCAACUCGCAAAGAUCGAGAAAUCUUUCACAGACGCCCAAAUGCCUCUCCGCUCCCUCGUACAUCCGCACAAGAAGGGCGUCAAGGCCGUACAGGUCUUCGACUUCCUACCAGAUCCAGAGACCUGGGCCACAGACUACCAGGUCGUUCGUUUCAUCGACCAUCCCGGUCGCAUCGUCAACGGUGUCCCUCAAUCUGAUCCUCGUCUCGACGUCGCUCUCUUGCGUCCUGUCAGCGCUGCAGAUGGCGAACAGCGCGUUUCCUACUACCUUCCUGCCGGCGAAGACGUUCCUGAGGACCCCGAGGAGCCCAUGACCCUCAUCGACAAUCGUGACAUUGAAGAAAACAAUGCUCGCAGACUUCGCAAAAGGAGAAGGACCGGCAAGUUCCCCCUUCCUCCCGCAGCAGACGACCAAGACGACGAGAACCCAUCGCAGCCCAAGCUGCUCAAGAAGGACCAUGCAACUCCAUACAAACUCUCGCGCGACUACGUGCCAAAAGACACUGCCGAGAGCGCUCACGACGUUCUUCUCCUCACGUUGGACGACGGCAUUCCUGAUGCCGACCCGGACGCCGACAUCGACCCCAUCAAAGGCGUCAAGUCUGCACCCACUCAGGAUGGCGAAGACGAUGACGACGACCUCUUCGGCGACGACGAUGACGAUGCCCAGGAUGCCGCAUCUGCUCGACUCGACUCGACUCUUCCUCCUCAAUCCGAGUUUGAACGUCAAAAGCGAUCCAGAAGGUCGGCCGCUACAAAGGGCAAGGAGCGCAGCGAACAGCCCGAUGGCGAUGGCAUCACCAGCCAGUCCCGUCCCAAGGCUCGGGCCUACUACCACAAGGUCGGCAUGCGCUUCACCCUUCGUGUCUGGCGUUCCAGAUUCGCCAACAACGAAAAGCUGCGCAACCGGGACCGACGAUACCCGGGCAAGUGGGAUGCCGUUGUUCUCUCCAACCGCCAACUCGAGGAGAGGGAGAAGCUUCGAAGGUUGCAUGCCCGUAGCCAGGUCGAUGACGUCGGCGAGCUCGAUCCUUACGACCCAGAAGACGAGUUCGAAGAAGCUUUGGCCGAAGACGAUGGUGACGUCGAGGCUGCAGCAAAUGAUGCUGUGGCGGAUGUGUUUGAUGAGGACAAGGAAGCGGAAGACGACGCGGACGGUGAGGUCGAUGACGUCGAUCGCCCUCGCGCCAACGACGCGGACGAUCAGGCUGACGAGCAGGUCGAAGAUGAUGGCGGCGAUGAUGGCAGUGACGAUGACGACGAUGAUGAUGAAGAUGAAGACGACGACGAGGAUGGCACCGUCGAUGGAGACGAGGAGCUUGCUGCUCUCCGUGCAGAGGCCGGCGAAGCUGGUGAAGACCUCGAGGAGGACGGUCAAGGCGGUGCAAGACGGUCGCGUAGUCGACGAUCCGGUGCAGCCGCCACGGGAUCAGAUGCCGUUGCCGCGGCCAUGGAUGAGGACGACGAGUAG